AUGCCUCCCGCAGACUGGGAAAAUGAGCAAGUUGUUGAGCGCAACAGACUGCCACCACGCGCUUACUAUCUGCCAAAAGAUUGCAUCUCCUUGAAUGGCACUUGGUCAUUUCAUUAUAGCUCAACGCCUCUCGAAGCGCAGAAUGUUGAUGAGACUGCCAAGUGGUCAAAAAUGGACGUACCAAGCAUGUGGCAACUACACAAAUCCAAAAGAUUUGGACAUCCCGCUUAUACCAAUGUCAAGUAUGAGAUUCCAGUGGAUCCCCCGCGUGUACCGACAGACAAUCCCGUAGGCACGUAUGAGCGGUCUAUUGAAAUUACCAAAAGUUGGGCAGCAAGGAAUAACACAAUCCUGCGAUUCGAAGGCGUCGAUUCGGCAUUUCAUCUUUUUGUCAAUGGCGAGCAAGUCGGAUAUGCACAAGGGUCACGCAAUGCUGCAGAAUUUGAUAUCACUGCUUAUACGCAUAUCGGUGCUGAUAAUCGCAUCCGUGUGCGCGUCUAUCAAUGGUCUGAUGGCACUUACCUGGAAGACCAGGAUCAGUGGUGGUUGAGCGGCAUCUUUCGCGAUGUCUAUCAGCUUGGAUUUGCCAAGACUGCAAAAAUUGAGGACUUUCAAGUCAAGACAACUUUCCCAAAGGCUGACGAGGACUCUUAUGUGGACGCACUUCUGAGGUGGAAUGUCUCCGUUUCGGUUUCUCAAGCGAGUCAGCUCAGAGUGGAGCUUCUGGAUCAAAGUGGUGGUCGUGUGGGCGACUCUCUUGCACAGUUUGGUUCGAGCGGUCAUCAGACUGGGCAAAUGGCUCUCGCAGCACCUGCACUCUGGACAGCAGAAAGCCCGAAUCUAUACACUUUGCGAUUGACGCUGAAGCAGGACGACGAGGUGAUCGAGUGUAUUGAACAGCAAGCUGGCAUACGCCAGAUUGAAAUGAAGCAUAGCCUCUUGUGUGUCAACGGGAAGCCCAUUCUGCUGAAUGGUGUCAAUCGCCAUGACCAUCAUCCUGAACACGGCCGGACUGUCCCGCUUGACUUCUUGCGCGACGAGUUGCUUCUCAUGAAGGCCAACAACAUCAACGCCAUCCGCACAAGUCAUUAUCCCAAUCAUCCUCUGGCUUACAGUCUAUUCAACGAGCUUGGCUUCUACGUCAUUGACGAAUGUGAUCUCGAAUGCCAUGGAUUUGAAGAAGCUGCCAGUGGAACAGACAAGACUCCUGAAAGCUUCACCACAGAUAACCAUGCCUGGGAGUACGCUUAUGUCGAACGUAUGAGACAGCUGGUCCACCGUGACAUCAAUCAGCCAUGCGUCAUCAUGUGGUCACUCGGGAAUGAAGCCUUCUUUGGCUGUAACCACAAGGCAAUGGCUGCGUGGACCCGCAAGUUUGACGAAACACGACCUAUCCACUAUGAAGGCAACCGCGAUGCUGAAGUCUCGGACGUGUACAGCUACAUGUAUCACUCCUGGGAGUCUCUUGUUGAAAAAGCGACUGAAGAGCAUUGGACCAAACCGAUCAUUUUGUGUGAAUAUGCCCACGCUAUGGGAAAUGGUCCUGGUGGCUUAUCAGACUACCAGCGUGCCUUUCGAGAACAUCGCAGGUUGCAAGGCGGCUUCAUCUGGGAGUGGUGCAACCAUGGUCUUCUGACCACAGAUACCAAGACAGGUAUAUCCUACUACGGCUAUGGUGGCGACUUUGGCGAUGUGAGAAACGAUGGCAACUUUGUCAUGGAUGGACUUGUCAACUCUGACCAUGUCACUCCAACACCUGGACUGCUCCAGGUCAAGAAGAUUUUCCAACCUAUAUCAGUAUCGCUCGAAAAGGGUAACCUUCACAUUACGAACCUGUACGACUUUCAGGCUCUGAACCAUCUCGACUGUACUUGGCGGUAUGAAAAGAUUUCUAGUAAGGAUCGGUUCGUGGUCCUCCUUGGUGAUGGGAAGCUGGAUGUUGAAGCUGGCCCUGGCGAGAUGGUCAAGCUUCCAUUGCCUGAGCUAGCGCCACCAACGGAUACAUGUGAGUACCUCCUGACUGUGUCUUUCACUCUGAAAAAGGCGACACCUUGGGCAAAGACCGGCUAUGAGAUUGCUUGGGAGCAAUUCGUUCUUCAACCCACUAAGCUUGCGCUCCUGAACGAACCGGAAGCAGUGAAUCGAAAGCUCCAGGUCACUGAGACGCCACUCAAAAUAACGGUGACUGCUGGGCCGAGCAUUUUUGAGUUUGACAAGGUCAAGGGACGUUUUGCUCAAUGGCAAUUCGACGGCAAGCCAAUGCUCGCACAGCCGGCACAUCUAGGGUUCUGGCGUGCGCCGACGGACAACGAUAAUCCAGAGGAUGCCAAGCACUGGCGCUGGUUCGGUGUGGAUACGAUGCUUGAACGGCUAGCAGAGUUGACUACGACACAGACAGACACAGAGAUCACCAUCAAAAUCCGGUCUCGAUGGGCAUCAGCCGUGACUGCGUGGGGCCUUGAGUGCCAGACAACGUUUGCAGUGUUUGACUCUGGUAAAUUGCAAGUCAAUUUCAAGCUACAACCAGAAGGUCCAGUCCCCAAGACAAUGCCGAGAAUCGGUCUCGACUUGUUACUUGUCCCAGGCUUCAGUGACGUGCAGUGGCAUGGUCUUGAAGGCGAAUCGUACCCAGAUAGCUUUGAAGCAAGCCGCAUUGGCUUUUUCAGCUCAACUGUGGACGACUUGUUUACCAAUUAUGAAAAGCCACAAGCGUGUGGCAAUCGGCACAAGACACGCUGGCUUGUCAUCUCGCAGAAGCCUGGCUACUUCGUAUCUGGUCGACGCAUUGAGUGCGCCAUGACGACGCAGAUGUUUGACUUUACUGCCAGUCAUUAUACGGACGAGGCCUUUGAGAUGGCAAAGCACCCAUUUGAACUCAAAAAGAUGGAGGAGACGCUGCUGAGCUUGAAUGCAGCCGUGCAUGGGCUAGGCACCGGUUCUUGUGGCCCAGGUGUGGGAGAUCCGUACAAGCUCAAGACGGUUCCCAUUCAAUUUACAAUUGAGCUGAAUGCGAGCAUCUUUUGA